CGUCCCGCCACCGCGUCAGCGAGGAUGUGCACAGCGACUUCCAGCGCAGAGUGCCCUACAACUACCUGCAGCGGGCCUACAUCAAGCUUAACCAGCUGGACAAGGCAGUGGAAGCAGCCCACACAUUUUUCAUGGCCAACCCUGAGCACAUGGAAAUGCAGCAGAACAUCGAGAAUUAUAGAACAAUGGCCGGCAUUGAAGACCUCCAGUUGGUAGAUCGAGAAGCCAAACCACAUCUCGAGAGUUACAGUGCAGGAGUUAAGCAUUAUGAGGCUGACGACUUUGAGCUAGCUAUCAAGUACUUCGAGCAAGCAUUAAGAGAAUAUUUCAGUGAAGAUACAGAGUGCAGAGCCCUGUGUGAGGGGCCUCAGAGAUUUGAAGAGUAUGAGUACUUAGGGUACAAAGCUGGUCUCUAUGAAGCCAUUGCAGAUCACUAUAUGCAGGUGCUGGUUUGCCAGCAUGAAUGCGUGAGGGAGCUUGCUACCCGCCCUGGCCGCCUCUCUCCGAUUGAGAACUUUCUUCCCCUGCAUUUUGACUACCUACAGUUUGCCUACUAUCGAGUCGGUGAAUAUGUGAAAGCCUUGGAGUGUGCCAAGGCCUACCUUCUCCUCCAUCCGGAUGAUGAGGACGUCCUAGACAAUGUGGAUUACUAUGAGAGCCUGCUGGAUGACAGCAGUGACCCAGCAUCCAUUGAGGCCAGAGAGGAUUUGGCAAUGUUUGUGAAGCGUCAUAAACUGGAGUCGGAACUGAUAAAAUCAGCUGCAGACGGUCUAGGAUUUUCAUACACAGAGCCGAAUUAUUGGAUCCGAUAUGGAGGACGACAGGAUGAGAAUCGGGUCCCUUCAGGAGUGAACAUGGAGGGGGCAGAAGUUCAUGGAUUGUCAAUGGGGAAAAAAUCAUCACCCAAGAUGGAUCGAGACUUAAGAGAGGGUGGUCCUCUGCUCUAUGAGAACAUCACGUUUGUCUAUAACUCGGAGCAGCUGAACGGGACUCAGAGGGUUCUCCUGGAUAACGUCCUGUCGGAAGAACAGUGCCGGGAGCUCCACAGCGUGGCCAGUGGAAUCAUGCUCGUUGGUGAUGGAUACAGAGGAAAAACUUCACCCCAUACACCCAAUGAAAAGUUUGAAGGUGCCACUGUCCUGAAAGCACUCAAGUUUGGUUAUGAAGGCCGAGUGCCACUGAAGAGUGCCCGUCUGUUUUAUGACAUCAGCGAGAAGGCUCGGAAGAUUGUAGAAUCCUAUUUCAUGCUUAACUCAACCCUGUAUUUUUCCUAUACACACAUGGUCUGCCGAACAGCCCUGUCAGGUCAACAAGAGAGAAGAACUGAUCUCAGUCAUCCCAUCCAUGCUGACAAUUGCCUGUUGGAUCCUGAGGCCAACGAGUGCUGGAAGGAGCCCCCUGCCUACACAUUCCGGGACUAUAGUGCUCUCCUGUAUAUGAAUGAUGACUUUGAAGGAGGGGAAUUCAUAUUCACUGAGAUGGAUGCCAAGACAGUGACUGCCUCUAUCAAACCGAAAUGUGGGCGCAUGAUCAGCUUCUCUUCUGGAGGAGAGAACCCGCAUGGGGUGAAGGCAGUCACCAAGGGCCAGAGGUGUGCUGUGGCUCUGUGGUUUACCUUGGACCCACUUUAUAGAGAAUUGGAGCGAAUACAGGCCGAUGAAGUGAUUGCAAUUCUGGAUCGAGAACAACAAGGGAAGCAUGAACUGAAUAUCAACCCCAAAGACGAGCUAUAAAAGUGAGGAAAGAAAAAGUUCUAUCAGAUAUUUAUUUAAAUUGUUAAUCUUAUGAGAACCUUUUUAUUUUUGUACAGAACCAUGGUAUAUAAAUUAACAGGUCAAUCUGAGUCACCAGUCCCCCGUUUUGUUCUUGAGGGUGCUUGCUCUGCCUCACUCCCUCUGUCUUGGUUUCUCAUCAGGUCAUCGCCCCCACCCCGCUCCCUCCCCACACAUGUGCACACACACACGCACCUCAUUGGCUGCACAUGCAAAAGCUCAAGCAGAAAGAAUAAGUUCAUUCUUGGCGAAACUACACCUCUCAUGUGUGCUCCAGUUCUAAAGCUAGCGUAUGAUGUGGACGCAAAGCCUUUCUGGCUGUGUGCCCUUCAACAACAGCCUCUUGCAGUGCUGGCGGCCGUGAGCUGGGUCUGAGGCCCCUCUGUGGGGUCUGCACUGCCUCAUGCAUCACUGACCUGCCCUGAAGACCGCUGCGGGACACGGAGGGCCCCGGCCUUUCCAGAGCCUUGGUGGAGUUAUGGGCUCUGGUAUUUUCACCUGAGAACGAACUUCCACCGGAAGCCUCGAUGUGUCCUCCAGCCACCAUGCUCCAGGAAGGACUACCCUCGGACUUGUGUCUUUCAAACGGCUGUUCAGGGAGUUGAAGUAGAAUGACCCUUCUCCCCAGUGACUUGGGAAGAAACAUCAACUCCGCCUGAACCGGGGCACCACCCACACACUGCCUGGGCGAGAAGGGGCAUUUCGUAAGAAAGAUGGGUCCCUGCGGGACUGUGGGACUCACCUGCAUGGAUGUUGGUGCUCCCUCCUUGCUGCUGUCCAGGUCACAGACGCGUGCGUGUGUCUGAUUGUCUAAGACAGGGAGCCUUAUGCUAACAUCUGGCAUUUAUUUUUCAUCUCCCAAAUGUCUGGUGUGUCUUCAGAGAAUGGUUUUGUGGCUUUGCAGACAGCCCAGGGACAACACUGGGUCAUGACUAGUUUUGCUGGCAGGCGCUUUAAGGCCACAAGGAGAGUAGCAGCAGUAUUUUUGAAGGAACAGAAAUGGUUAGCAGAGGUGUUAGUCCAGAGAGUGGCGUCAUCAGCCAGAACUCUACAGAAGCUGUUCUGAGGCAUUGUUUGUGUUGGAGCCCAGUGGUUAUAGUCUGGGGGGACCCUGGCCACUAACCAGUGGGAGGUUCCCUGCCUCUGUGACGGGCACCAGGAGAGGCAGUAGUUCUUAAGUAAACCAGCAGAUUGAAACAUUUUCUGAAAAUCACAUUUCCUUUUUUUCCAUUUAUGAUCUGGGUUUAUGGUAAGCACAUUCAUCCUUGAAGACUGAAAAACUGAGUCGUAGUGAGUUGUGUGCCGUCUGUUUCCCACCCACACUUCAGUUGGGAGAGUGCUAGGAGCACGAGAUUAUAACCCCAGCUGGGUCAAGUAAGCCUGUGUGACCUGGAGCUACUGUCUUUGCCUUUCUGGGCUUCCGUUUCCCUGUCUGAAAGCCACAUAAUUGGUUAUAAUUGUUUCCAAAAGCCCUCCUCCGUCUUGCUCAAACUUCAAAGCAAAUAAAAGACAAAAACAAAAGCGA